AUGCUGCCGGGGACGGGGCUGGCUGCUUAUCGCGAGCGCCGCUCGCCGUACUCCCCGCCCCCAGCCCGGGUGCCGAGGCAACCGCACCUGUUUUCUGCCCGCCCUUGGUGGGGCCGCUCGCGCAAGUGUUGCGGUUGGGGAGGCGGAAAGCGAGGGUCGGGCGCGAAGAGGUCCCGGAGCCUACGUGCCUUGCAACAUCCGCGAGACGCCGAGUUAGACACCCGGCGCCCCGGCCGCGCGCCCCACCCGCAGUUCCCCCACGAACGGUGCUCCCUCCCCCGCUGGCUCGGAAUUCCCCGGAAGUAUCGGCGGACCCCCGGGGCGGGGUGCGGGGUGGGGGCUCGCGCCUCGCGUCCGAGCUACCCUUCCUUGCCGCCUCCUCGCCCCUGCUUUCCUGACACUACUUCCUACCCCUCUUCUUCAUCUGCUUUGGGAGAGGGAGAGAGAGAGUGGAGGAGGCUGAGGGAGUGGAACAUCCGAGGUCGGCUGGGUCACCACAAGUCACCCUCUUUUACUCUGACCUGUGGGCCCCCCCUUACCAGUUCCUGGCUGUUCCAUUACACUCAUUCCCCCGCCAUCAUUCCUGGCCACACAUCGGCCCCCUUGGCUGUCCAGUGCUCACCACCUGUUCCUGGGACUCACCUCAGCAAAAGCUGGACUCGGACUCACCUCUCAGGGAGACUUCCCCAAUCAAAGCCGCUGUACUCUGACCUUUCCUUCCCCCAUCGGCCUUUCUUUGCGGGUCCAAACGGUGAAUUUGCAUAUCCUCUCCGGACACCUGGUCGGCAUCCUGUCGUUUCACACAUGUGUGGUGAGGGUGAGGGCCGGCACUCACUGAGGGCCUCCCACCUGCCAGUGCUGGCUGACCGCCCGGCUUCGGAUGCCUGCCUCCCCCCAGGCACCUCCAUCCACGCAUCAGGCAGUCCUGCAGCUUUGCAGUUAUGAAGAUGCUACUCUGUGCCAGUCUGAGGCUACAGGAAACCAAAAGUCAGUAGCUGGUGCCGCCCGGGGUUCACAAGCUGGGCGGGAAAUAGCUAGGCAUUGGUGGCGGCUGUCAUGGGGGACUCUAAGAGCUCACAGAACAGCCUGGGAACCAGCGACUGGGACGGCGAGCAGCAGGCAUCCUGGAGGGCUCAGGAGGAAGUGGGAGCCGCAUCCCGGCGAGGCAAGAUGGGCACAGGCCCAGGGCCUGUCGGGAAACGGCCACAGGUCAGGGGGGAGAGAGGAGCCAGUCCGAGGCAGCUGGAUCUGCCUUGCUCAGGAGUUGGGACGUGACCUGCUGGAGCUGCAGAUGCUCCGUGGAGGCUGAAGGAGGUGGACACCCAAGGCAGGGGCGGCUGCCUGCCACCACCUUCCACCCUAAGCCAGUACUCUGGGCCUGUGGCCUGACAGCCCCGAGAGGUCAGAGUUCAGCUCCUUGCCAUUCGGCCAGUGUAUCUUGAACACCUACUAUGCUGGGGCGGGGCAGGCAGGAGGACUGAAUCAUGGACUUUGCCCUCAAGGAGUCUCAGACCAGCACCAGGAUAUCAGAUAAGGGCACAGAGGGGCGCCUGGGUGGCUCAGUCAUUAAGCGUCUGCCUUCAGCUCAGGUCAUGAUCCCGGGGUCCUGGGA